GAAAACAAGCAUCAACCUCAUGGCUGCGGAGUGCAAAAAAAAUCUGGCAUCAUAGUCGCAGCUAUCGAGAUGCUUUGGACCCACAUGCGUCACGCCGCUCAUCAGCUCGUCCCUGUCUCAGACAUCAGGCGGCAGGGAGCUCAGCCGCCAGCGUAAAAUAUCAUUUGUUCCGUUGUUUAUUAUGGAGCACCGGCGCAAGAAAAUCAUUUGUUCCGUUGUCUCGCUCCCAAUUUUCCGAGCAUCUGUCCAACUGAGCAUCGCAUUCCACAGUGGAAAAAGUGAUGCUGAAAUUUUCUAUUUCUUCUUGAGGCUUCACUCUAGUAGUGUAUACAGAGUACUGCUCAGCUGAAGGCCACAGUCAAGAAACCAUCAUGGAGUCAGCUGCAGACGAGGAGCAGCCUCUGCUUCUUGACCACCGGCAUCUUCCUCCGGAUGAGAGAGCUACAAGGUCAACAGCCGCAACAGAUGCCAACACAUAUGAAUCUCCCAGCAGAAAGCAUGUUGCUGCUAAGCCAGCAGGCGGUUGGAAGGCGCCGAUGGCGAUGGUGCUGGUGGAGCUCUUCCAGACGGGGCUGGUCCUCCUCUCCAAGGUGGUGAUGGGCCAUGGCAUGUUCGUCUUCGCGCUCGUCACCUACCGCAGUGCCAUUGGCGCCGCGUUCCUCUUCCCUUUUGCGCUCAUCUGUGAGAGGGAUAAGUGGAGGGAGAUGAUGAGCUGGCGUGUCUCACGGUGGAUUAUCUUCAACGGGAUCAUCGGGUAUGCGGCGCCGAUAAACCUAUACUACAAUGGUCUCCGGGAUACCACAUCAUCCUACGCCAUCGUAUUUCUUAAUAUGAUCCCUCUCAUCACCUUCAUUCUCUCGCUUGCGUUCAAAAUGGAGAGAUUGAAAUUCGCCACGGUGGCCGGAUCACUGAAGAUAGUUGGCGUCCUGGCCUCUGUUGGAGGCGCAAUGGCCAUAAACCUUUACAAGGGCAACGAGCUGCAUCUUUGGAGGUCCAUUCUUCAGUACCACAAGAAUGAACUGACAGAGGUUGCGAGCAAUCAUGUAAGAGGAACAAUUCUCUUGGUGAUCAGCAUCUUCGCAUAUGCUUGCUGGUACCUGAUUCAGACAGAGGUUAACAAAGUAUAUUCGUACAAGUAUUCGUCAUCCAUGGCGACAUGCCUGGUAGGAGGAUUUGUGACAGCAUUUGUUGGAGUAGUUGUGAGAAGAGAUGGGGACGCAUGGAAGCUUGGAUGGAAUCUAAAACUACUGACAGUUGUGUAUUCGGGGGCUCUUGCAACAGCAGGGAAAUAUAGCCUGGAUUCAUGGGUCGUUGCCAAGCAAGGCCCAGCGUAUCCUCCAAUGUUCACCCCAUUAUCAGUCGUCUUCACUGUUGUAUUGGGCUCCAUCCUAUUAGGAGACAGCAUUACAGUAGGAAGGUUCAACACUAGCUCUGGGAAGUAAGACGCCCUUUGUGGGCAGAUCCACCUCGAUCGUCGACCUUUUUUUUCAGCGAUAUCGAUCAUGAGCUGGAUAGCCGCCAUCCCAUGGUGCAGCUUCGAUCUGAGCGUGCAGCUCGAUUACAAUGCUCAAACACCUCCACCCACCUCGUCAAUGCCGAUCUGCCGGCGUUCCAUACAGUAAUCAUCCACACAGUCUAACAGACAGACUGUUUUGGGAAGGAGCCCCACCCAACCCUAUCAAGGCACAACUUGAACGAACUAGCUGUACCUGGCCUACCAUUUCGAAGGCAGAAACUAAUGCAGGAACGAACAUUUCAGCACUGAAAAUGUUCCCCUCCAAAAGUAAUCACUGAUAAAAAAAAUCAUAUCAAGCAGAUUCACGGAAACGCCUGAAAGAAACAGGUCUCAGUGGCUCAACAUGAUUGUGUUCACUGUUCUGAAAGAAGGUUCAGAGGGCAGUAGAUACAGAAGUAGCCCAUGAAUCACCAAGCGCAGUUAUCUGUAAAACCCAUAUGAAGUCUGCAGUACCACACAUUACUGAAAAUAGCCUUCCUGCAUAUUAACAUUCAA